GCGCUGCGGGCGGACGCCGACCGGUGGACCCGCAGGCGGGAGGGAAGGGUGGACCUUCGCCCCGGCAGGCGCGGCACCUGCGGGCAGAAGCAUCCGGCUGCCGCAGAGCUCCGACGACCCGACUGCCAGCUGCCGCGGAGAUGAGCGCAGUGUCGGAGCCGCAGGCCGCUCCCGGCGCCCUGGAGAAGCCGCCCGGCUCGGCGAUCCUGUGUAACACCUGCGGGGGCGUGUGCAAGGGGGAGGUGCUGCGGGUGCAGAGCAAGUACUUCCACAUCCAGUGCUUCGUCUGCAAAGCGUGUGGCUGUGACCUGGCCGAGGGCGGCUUCUUCGUGCGGCAGGGCGAGUACAUCUGCACGCAGGACUACCAGCGGCUGUACGGGACCCGCUGCUUCAGCUGCGAUCAGUUCAUCGAGGGCGAGGUGGUGUCCGCCCUGGGCAAGACCUACCACCCCGACUGCUUCGUGUGCGCUGUCUGCCGGUCGCCCUUCCCGCCCGGGGACCGAGUGACCUUCAACGGCAAGGAGUGCAUGUGCCAGAAGUGCUCCCUGCCCAAGUCAGCGGGCGGCAGCGUGCACCUGUCCCAGGGCCUCUGGAGUUGCGGGGGCUGCGGCGCAGAGAUCAAAAACGGCCAGUCUCUGGUGGCCUUGGACAAGCACUGGCAUCUGGGCUGUUUCAAGUGCAAGACUUGCGGGAAACAACUGAACGCUGAGUACAUCAGCAAGGACGGGCUGCCCUACUGCGAGGCCGACUAUCACGCCAAGUUCGGGAUCCGCUGCGAUGGCUGCGAGAAGUACAUCACGGGACACGUGCUGGAGGCGGGCGAGAAGCACUACCACCCUCUGUGUGCAUUAUGCGUCAGGUGCGGCCGGAUGUUUUCGGAAGGCGAGGAGAUGUAUCUGCAAGGCUCCUCCAUCUGGCACCCGGCGUGUCGACAAGCAGCCAGAACUGAGGACAAAAACAAGAUGCAGAACCAGUUUUCCCAGCAGGUGUACCCGGGCACCAGCCCCUGUGCCUCCCAGGAAACCAGAACCUCUUCCGAGAGCAUCAUCUCCGUACCAGCCUCCAGCACCUCGGGGUCUCCGAGCCGCGUGAUUUAUGCGAAGCUGGGCGACGAGAUCCUUGACUACAGAGACCUGGCCGCCCUUCCCAAGAGCAAGGCCAUCUAUGACAUUGACCGGCCGGACAUGAUCUCCUACGCGCCCUACGUCAGCCACUCAGUGGGCGACAGGCAGAGCUGCAGCGAGUCCCCUCAGUUGCUCUCGCCGACGCCGCCUGAGGGGGACCGGGAUGACCGCUCCUACAAGCAGUGCCGCACCUCCAGCCCCAGCUCCACCGGCUCGGUCAGCCUCGGGCGUUACACCCCGACCUCACGGUCGCCCCAGCACUACAGCCGUCCAGCUGGUACUGCGAGUGUUGGUACCAGUAGCUGCCUGUCCCUGUCCCAACACCCAAGCCCUCCAUCCGUGUUCAGACAGCAUUACGUCCCCUACUUCCGAGGCAGUGAAAGCGGCCGGAGCACCCCAAGCCUCUCGGUGCCCCCAGACAGCAAGCCUCCCCCCUCCACCUACCAGCAGGCUCCUCGCCACUUCCACGUCCCAGACACUGGCGUAAAAGACAACAUCUAUAGGAAGCCCCCCAUCUACAAGCAGCACGGUCCCGUAGCCCAAUCCCCAGUUUCCAAGCUCUCGGGCCUGAUAUCAGUCUUGUCCUUGGUGGUGCAUGAGGCUGGGUGCUCCAACAGGCUAGAAGGUCCAAGCCCCCCGCAGGCUGCAGCCGCGAGGCGAUUGGACGGGGAGGAUGCGAGCCUGGAGCUGGAUGACAGGAAGCAGAAGACUAGCUGGCUGAUUUCCAAGGGGGACGCAGACACAAGGACUAACUCUCCAGACCUGGACAGCCAGGCGUUGUCCCACAGCAGCGGGACCGACCGAGGCCCCCUCCAAACGAUGCAGGCGGACGACCUGUACUCACGCCUCCCCUAUUCCAGGUCUGACCCUGUCCCAGGACCUGGCAAGAAUGGCUUGGACCACCGGAAUGCCAAUCUGGCCCCUUGUGGAGCAGACUCGGAUGCCAGCUGGGGGACGCGAGAGUACAAGAUCUAUCCUUAUGACGCCCUCAUCGUAACAAACCGGAUCCGCGUGAAGCUGCCCAAGGACGUGGACCGGACCAGACUGGAGAGACACUUGUCGCCGGGGGAGUUCCAGGAAGUGUUUGGGAUGAGCAUGGAAGAGUUUGACCGCCUGGCGCUCUGGAAGAGGAACGACCUCAAGAAGAAAGCCCUGCUGUUUUGACGCCGCCGGCGCCUGGCCGCGGGCUCCCCUGCGGGAAGCACCAGACCCCUCCUGCUGCACCUGCCUCUGGCUUCUCUGUGUCUGCGACGGGCAGAGGGCGGGCAGGGGCGCCUGGGAAGGGCCUGGCGGGGGGCUGGGGCGGGAGGAGUCCCACAGCAGGUGCAGCCCCGUUUCUGCCAGCCCUGCCCCUGCCUGUAGUUUAGGGCCCAGACGUCUGGCUUUGCACUGCCCCUUUCCCGCUGCUGCUUGGCGUCAGGGGGAUGCUGCUAAGCGCUGUCCCAGAGACGAAGGCACGCUGAGAUAGCCACAGCCCGCUGUCCUGCCUCCGUGCUGGGGGCACAGAGGUGACACCACUGGAGAUUUGAAGGGGCUUGUCCACGACAGGGUCACGGGGUGGGGUGGGCUUCCGGCAUUCGCGGCCCCCCUCUCCCGCUCAGCCCAGGGAGGCACCGCCUGGCACACAGGUCCCCGGGGCAGGGGGAGCGCGGCGGGCACGCAGGGCUGCAAGAAGUGUGGGCGCUAGAUUUCUGCAGCCUGUGUUUAGGGAGGAACUUCAGUCUAACAGGGCACCUUCUGGCGGGGCCCUCUGUGCACUGCGUUUUUCUUCCAAAUCACCCCUUAGAUGCCUAAAUGAUAUCUUUAAAGUCACACAAAAGUUUUUAUUUUAUUAAAAAGUAUAGCCUACUUAAACAUGAAGAUGCCAUAUAUAAAGAGUUUAAUUUUAUGGUCCCGCUGAAGGGAACCGCCUCCAGCCUUACUCGGCCCCGCCCCCGCCCAGUUCGUGUCUGUGCAGAUUCCCUUUGGGGUGUGUUCCUGAUGCACAGGCCCCCUGGUCGGUAUUCUUUGUGCUUUUUGGCUCUCUGACCUGUCGCACGGGUACCCCGAAAGGCAAGGACCCCCCGCAAACACACACACACAACGCUGUUUGUAAAUUCGUGAUGACGGGUGCAGUAAAGCCACCACUGCUGUUCUCGCCGUGCUUUUCCAAGCCUCGGGGAGGAAACCUCGUCCCCAGACGGCCAAAGCCCUGGGACAAAGGAUUUCCACGUGCCCAGCCUAACACGCGACGCAGCUUUUAGUGUGUCCUCCUGUGACGUGGCCAGUGGUGUCCCCCACCCCCGUAAAAUGCACUUCUAGGGAGGGGUGUUUUGUCCUGAGACUCACACCCGGAGACGGGGGGUGAGGGAUGCUGCCCAGACCUGCCGAGGCAGCCGAGGGCCCUGUGUGUGACCAGGUGCGGGUCAGCCCGUGCCUGGCGCAGAGUGGGCAGUGUGCCGAGAGGCCUGUGAAACGUGGCGAAGGUGCCCCCAGAGUCUGUCCCCCGUCUUUGUGACGCCUCAUCUUCCCGUGUGCCCUGGAUGUUCCAUCUGUGAGUCAGCGUCACUCAGCUUCUUCUGGCCCCGUCCCCCUCCCAGUCCCGCUGUGCGCCCGGCUUGGCCAUGGAGGGUUCUGGGGCACCUGGCACGUGGCCUCCACCCGGCCACCGGAGCCUGCGCCUCCAGAAACCCCCGUUUUCUCACUAGUGAGCAUUGUGUUGGACCAGGGGAGCCUGGAAGAAUAAAGGAUGCUGUAUGAUAACUCA